CGCACGCCACAGUCGGCAGUGCCACCGUGGGGUACAGAAAGUCUGCCACCGUCGCCCAUGGCCAGUGCCCGGCCACCGCUGGCUUGGCCACUGCGGCUCGCCGCCCAAUCCUGACCAAUGGGUUGCCUGCAGCGUCACGUUAAAUCCACCUGCAACCGUAGUUCUUCCUCCUCCCUCUGUCCUUAGCGCAGAAGCAUCACCCUGUCUUCUUCCUCGACGCCCCCUGCUCCUCUCUCUACCGAGCCCCCAUUCUCCACGACGUUUGGCAGCAGGGAGCCCUUCUCCCCCAGCAGGAGCAGAGCCUCCAUGGCGUCCGACCCCUCUCCUUUCUCCUCCCCGCUCGGAGCUCUGCCAUAGCGCACGCAAAUCCCUUCCCCCUCCAUUCCUAGGCGCAGGAACUUCUCCCCCACGCCGUCCAACUCCAGGCCGGAUCCAAUUCGCCCUAUCCCUGCUCGCCCAGAAUUUCUUGCCCCAAGUCCGGCAAUCCCCUCGCCGUGGAUUUCCUCGAGCUUGCCUCCCCAUGGCCGCCAACCAUCCUGCCCCUGCCCCUGGUGCGCUGGGCGCGUAGUGCUCUGACCUCGAUGGCCGACGGACUCUAGGCACCCGGAGCUCUAUCCGGUCUAGCUUCGAGCACCCUCUGCUCCAUUCCUUCACCAGCGCACCCUAUUCCAUUGAGCACAUGCCGCAGGGAAGGCCGUUUCCCCAUGGUGCUGCUCUCCGGCGAUGCCCCCAGGUCCGGCGACCCCUCUCCUCCAUGGUCGAGCUCCCAUGGUUCAGACGCCCCUUCCCCAUCGGAUCCAUGGCGCAGGGGAGCAACAGCUCUUCCUCCCCUAGCCUCCAUUUCCCUGCUCGGUUUUGUCUUUAACCUCUAGGCCACGACCUUCUCCCAUGGCGCGGGCCCUCCUCUAGUCCAGUGCGCGCAAGGAGAUCCUCCAAUGCCGCACCCAAGGUCCGCUCCAGCCUCCCCUUGUCUUGCGGAUAGCCAUGGCACCUGGGUCCCCUGCAUCUCCCUCAUCGCUCCUGCUCCCUAUGGCGUGCUGUAGCAGUGUCGAGCUAGUCCCAUCCUCCAUCUCGUCGAUGGCUCCCCUGCUGAUAUCCCCAUGGUCACUUGCCCCUGCGUUUCCCCUCAUGGCGCGCUCUGCGCACCGUUGCCGGCAUGCUCUACCUCGCUGUCCGCCCCAUCUGAAUCCGAGCAGCAGCUCGUGCAUCAGUUCCCCAAUACGUAGCCAUGGUGGUGCUCUACGCACCAUGCUAACCACAACAGCAAGCCCCAAGCCACUCUCCUCUUCACUCGGUCUGCUCGACGAAAUGCCCCUCAGUGCACGCUACUGCCCCCAUGCCGUGUCACUUGCGCGAGUGUUCGUCGAGAGCAGCCGUGUCGUCGAUCCAUGCAACCCCGACGUCUCCGCGUCUCGCUUCGCCGUCGAUCUGCACAGUCCCCGUCACAAUGCCGUCAAUCCGCGUCCUCCGUCGAUGUCGCGCCUCGUGCUAUGCCUAUGCGACGCAAUGCGAGCCGGUGGACAGCACAUGCGACUCAUCGAUCCGGCCAGGACCGAGAGAUGAUGAUCGUGCAAGUGAUGUGGUGCCAACCACAAGAUGCAGUUGGUGGACGACCUAAGGAAGGAUGGACAUGACCAGUGGAUGCUCGCCAAGCGAGUGCCACCCAGCAAACACUGUCUAAAAAUAAAGGCAAGCCCCGGUUAUAUGCAUAACCGUUUAUAUAUGCUAUUUUACUACACUUAAUGUUUGUAGGCUUGUACCGUGCACUUAAGUGUAGGAGUUGCCUGAAACCCUAGUUGCAUGAACUCAGGAUUCCUUUUGAGAUGGAUACUAGUAUGCUAGGUCGAGUAGCUGCUAUACUAAAUCAGGAUCUCGGUAGAAGUCGAGUGAUUUUUCUAGCACUUGCGCGAGGUCAGGAAUUGGUUGUAUCCAAUUUUGAUAACAGAAUGAUGAUGGUCUGUGGACACGGAUCCAUGGGGAUGCGUUGUCUAUGAGACAAAAUUGGAAUAAGGAUUAAUGUGCGGAUACCUGUGUCAAGCGUUUGAAUGUACUAAACACAUGUCGGGAAAAAUGGUAACCGGUAAACCUAGUACCUGAGUGAAGCCGGGCGCGGACUUUAUCCCUCAUGCGACCUGAGACUGGGUCUCCCAUUCUAGAUAUGGUGGGUACAAGUGCGGCCACUGCACGGCGGCGGUCGGGGUCAGUGGAGCAUUGUAUGCCAAGGCGGUGAGGCCUGGACGCGAACGGGGAAUCGAUGGGGACGGUUGACAUGUGUGGGGACGGAGUGCCCUGACAUGUCGUGUGUUUAGGUUUACCUUGCAAGGAUAAAACUCGAUUCGAAUCGUCUGCUUCUCGCAGCUAAUGAGACUGCUUGAUCCAUUGUACUGCAUUGAGUAAUAAGUGGAAAUGAGGUGAUUGGCAAAAAGAUGUUGAUUGAUAAAAUAUUUGAUACCAUGUAUGAAUAGCUAGGUACACAUCUAGUUAAAAGGAUCAUACUAAAACUUGAAAAGCUAAAACUUGAUUUUAGACUCAGCUAGUGCUUUUGGCAAACAAACCCCUCAGCCAAACAGCUGCAUGUCUAGAGGUAGAGGAGUAGACUCCUCACACCGGGUAAGUCUAGCUGAGUAUUAGUAUACUCAGCCUUGCUUGUGGCAUAAUUUUUGCAGGUACCUCCUUGAUUUGGUUGAUGGUGUGACUUGGCCUCCAUCCCUGCCACCGGGAUAGACGGUCGAGUGGGUUACUGCUUCCGCAGGAGAGGACCAGGAGGAGUAGCGUGGCCAGGCUUCGCCAUGAUACUCGGUUUUCUCCGUUAGUUAUUUCCGCUGCAUUAAAAUUUAUGGUUAUUAUUUUUGAAACUCCGAUAAUGUAACCACUAUUAAUACUUCUUAAAUUUGUGGUAUUAUGCU